AUGACAAAAACAAUCCUCAUCACAGGCGCCACAGGCAAACAAGGCGGCAGCGUAAUCGACAAUCUCCUCCAACAAGACGCCGAUGUCGAGAUCCUAGCUGUCACCCGCAACACCAAAUCCUCUAGCGCGCAGAAACUCGCAGACAAAUCACCCAAGAUCAAGCUGGUGCAGGGAACGCUAGACCAGCCAGAUGACAUCUUCCGUAACGCAAAGAAGGUCACAUCGAGUCCAAUCUGGGGUGUCUUUAGCGUGCAGGUCGCCUCCUUCAGCGGAAACACCGAACUCGAAGAACACCAAGGAAAGAACCUCGUAGACGCCGCACUCCGAAACAACAUCAAACACUUCGUCUAUGCAUCCGUCGACCGCGGCGGCGACAACUCCCUCAACAACCCCACAACCAUCCCGCAUUUCAUCAACAAGCACAACAUCGAACUCCACCUCAUCGACCGCUCCAAGGGCACAGACAUGACCUGGACAAUCCUCCGCCCUGCUACAUUCCUAGACGGCGGGCUUGUGCCCGGUUUCGCGGGGAAAUUGUGGGCGACCACGUACAAGGUUGCGCUGCAGGGAAGACCGCUGCAGGUUGUUGCGGUUUCGGAUAUUGGGUUCUUUGGCGCAAAGGCUUUCCUGGAGCACGGGGAGUAUCAGGGAAAGGCGAUAUCGCUGGCUAGUGAUGAGGUGGCGUUUGAGGAGUUGGCGAGGGUGUUUAAGAGUGUCACGGGGAGGGAUGUCCCCACGACGUGGGAGUUUGUCUCGCGGUUUUUGAUGUGGAUGGUGCCGGAUGCGGGGCUGAUGUUUCGGUGGUUCCACGAUGAAGGGUUUGGGGCUGAUAUUGCGGCGUUGAAGAGGGUGCAUCCGGGGUUGAAGGAUGUUAGGGCUUGGUUGGAGACGGAGAGCGAGUGGAGAUAG